UGUCAUUCAAACUUCGGGUAAUAGUUCCCUCUUUUGCUUUCUUUUUCUCUUUCUCUUUUUUGCUUUUAAUCCCUAUUUUUUUCACCGCAACAACUAUCUUGUUAGAAACCAAGGAGCAGUGAAAACCCAAAGGCCGUCAUUGUACAUAAUUUAAUUUCGCAAAAAAAGGAAAAAAGUUUUAUCAAAGGGAUUCCAAUGGAUUCAAUGACAAUGACUCGAGUCAUUGUAAUCGCUCUUUUCGCCCUGAUGGUCAUCAGCAUCGUAGCAGCAGAUGAACCCAACUGUUCGGUGAAGCAUCCUUCAACUGGUAAAUUUUAUGAUCUCAGCCCAUUAGUUAAGAAGGACAAUGAUAAUGACUGGACGCCAGAUACAGGUGCUGAUAAAUCCUGGGAAUUCAGACUCAAUGUCUGUCAUACAGUGCUGAAGAAGGAAUUGGAUGUCAAAAAUCCAGAUGGGAUUGCAGCAUGGGGCAAGAAGAACAAGGGGACUUCAUUAGGAAAGCUGAGCAAGAAUCCAUUUUUCAGAGGUGAUAGUUUACUUCUGGAAUAUAAGGAUGGUGAUGAAUGUCCCAACACCAAUGGAAACUACAAAAAGUCAACGCUCAUCCGAUUCAUGUGUGAUACUUCAGUCAGCGGACAGGGCAAUCCAACAUUGUUAGCUAACAACAACGACUGUAACUUUUGGUUUGAGUGGCGUACCCCCGCAGCAUGCGCCACGGACCGUCCCACUCCUACCAACGGCGGUGGAGUCUUUGGAACCAUUAUUGGCAUUGUAAUCUUUGUUUACAUUGUUGGAGGUGUAGCAUAUAACCGCAUUGUACAUCACGCCCGUGGAUUGAAGCAGAUCCCCAACUACCAAUGGUGGGCUGAGGCGUUUGAUUUUGUCAAGGAUAUGUUGAUUAUCUUAUUUGCAAAGUGCUAUCGUCCCAAGCGUUCACAGUCAUACCAUAAUCUUCCUAAUGAUUCAGAGAUUAACACGCUGAUGGAUUCAGAAUAUGAGGAGGAUGAGCCUUGAGGGAGAAUGAAGAAGGAAAUAGAAUAAAAAAUAAAGUAAAAUCUGAACGAAGUGUUAUG